AUGGAGUCUCAACAGCAGCUUACCAAUGGCCAUAUGGCUAGCAAAUCUCCCGAAGAACAACAUGCGCUGCAGCAAGGCCAGGCUGUCCAAAAUCCUAGCGCACUUCAGGCUGAGCUCCUAUGGAAGCUGAGGAAGUACUUGAUGCUGCUGGCUAUCCUAGCUGCAGCCAUCACCUACCAAGCAGGGUUAUCUCCGCCGGGUGGGUUCUGGCAAGACAGCCUGAAUGAUCACAUCCCCGGUGAUAUUGUGCUAAGAGUUAGCUACCCCAAGCGUUACUAUGUGUUCUUCUACUGCAACACAACAGCGUUUGGGGCAUCACUCAUUGUCCUUAUACUGCUCUUGGUCAGGGAAUUGAGCCGCAAUGUGGUUUGGCUUCGGGCACUACAAUUUGCAAUGGUACUGGGCCUGCUUGGGCUCAUGGGUGCCUAUGCUGCAGGGAGCUGCAGGGAGGUGAGGACCUCAGUUUACAUUUGGGUAUUACUCGUUGGCAUAUUUGCAUAUAUCACACUCCAUGUCAUAUUCUUCCGGCAUCUGGCGCCUAAAUGUCUGUGGGAUAUGUUCAUGAAUAUCCGGAAAUACUGGAAGGAUAUCCUUGCAAGCAUUUUCAGGAAAACACAGAGCAAUGAGCCGGAAACUCCGAUGAAUGAUCGGGAGGCUCAUGAUGAGGGGGAAGAAUUGGAGCGGAAUCGCAGUUUCUUGCUGGUUCUUGCCACAUUAGCAGCGACAGUGACAUAUGUUGCAGGGCUAAGCCCACCAGGUGGCUUCUGGCCAGAUGACAAGCCUAACCACCUUGCCGGUGAUCCAGUUCUGCGAGAUCAUUACCCCCGUCGAUUCAAGGCUUUUAUGGUCUGCAAUGCAACUUCUUUUGCUGGAUCCCUUGUGAUCAUCAUUAUGCUCCUCAGCAAUACAGCAGUGGAUCAUGUCGUCAAGUCAAAUGCUCUGCGGUUGUGUGUGCUGGUGAGCCUCUUUGGGCUUAUGGGGGCUUAUGCUGCUGGGAGUUGUAGGGAGGUCCGUACAUCUAUCUAUGUCUUCUCCCUCGUUGGUGCGGUUUUGCUCUACCUUGCUCUUCAGUGGAUUGAACCUAUUGUGACAAAACCAGAGUGUAUAGAGAAGUCAAUUGGAUGGAUGAGAAAGAAGAAGACCGAAGUGCUCCAGAAACUGAGCUCUUUCAUUGUGAAGGGGAGUGGGAAUCCAGAUGAUGGCAAGCAUACUACCCUGUCAGGGCCCAAUACACAACAUACAUCAAACAAUUUUAGUGAUGCUAAAGAUGACAUCCAAAAACUGCGCACAUAUCUCCUAUUGCUUGGUAUCCUUGCUGCCACUGUCACAUAUCAAGCUGGACUAAAUCCACCAGGUGGCUUUUGGGCAGACAAUGAUGGGCAUAUUGCCGGGGACCCAAUCUUGGAGACCAUGCAUCCAAGGCGUUACAAGGUGUUCUUCUACUGCAAUGCCACAGCAUUUGUAGCAUCUUUGGUGAUCAUUACCUUACUUCAGAGCCAACUGAUUACCGUUAGUGCCAUGAAGCGUCACAUACUGCAAACAGCCAUGACACUGGAUCUCUUUGGACUUAUGGGGGCCUAUGCUGCUGGAAGCAGCAGAAAGUUCUCGACGUCCCUUUAUGUGUUUGUCUUGGUCCUUCUUGUUUUCACCUAUGUUGUAAUUCAUGUUCUGCUAUCUUUGGCUCUCAAGAGACGACUCAGAAGAGAUGAUGCUGUGGAGAAUGAAGAUGAAGAGAAGGAUUUGGAGAAGCGGCGCAAGUUUCUGAUGUUGCUUGCAAUUCUGGCUGCUUCCAUCACAUAUCAAGCUGGCAUAAGCCCACCAGGUGGAUUCUGGAGUGACAAUAAUGGCCACCAAGCAGGUGAUCCAGUGUUCCAUGAUGAAUUCCCAACCCGCUACAGGGUUUUCUUCUACUUCAAUGCAACAGCUUUCAUGGCAUCCUUGGUUGUGAUUAUGUUGCUUGUUAGUAAAAGGCUAUGUCACAAGGGUCUUGAGGUCUAUGCGCUGCACACAUGUGUUUUGGUUGAUCUGAUCAGCCUUAUGGGUGCUUUUGCUGCUGGAAGCUGCAGGAAAGUUUCAACAUCUGUGUACGUCAUCCUUGUCGUUGUUGCAGUGUCUGUUUAUGUGAUGAUUCAAGUUGUGGUUCUAACAUUUGCAAAAGACAAGGUGAACAAUUUGUUGGGAAUGAUAAGGAUGUACACCUUUAGGUCUUCUGUGCUCCAACAGCCAUCCAUGAAUCAUGAAAGAAGCAUCCGGACUAGAAAGAGAACUGAACACAAAUGGCGCAAAGAUUUGAUGCUGAUCGGGUCUCUUGCAGUCACUGUCACAUACCAAGCUGGGCUGCUCCCGCCAGGUGGGUUUUGGCCUGAUGACAAGGUAGGCCUUGCAGGUGACCCAAUCCUCCAUGAUACCCAUCCAUCACGGUUUAAAGUGUUCUUCUAUUGUAAUGCCACAGCAUUCAUGGCAUCAAUGGUCAUGGUCAUCCUCUUGUUGAACAACACAAUAAGUAAGUACAGGAGAUCUCUUCUUGCUAUGAAGGCAGCAAUGGUAUUGGACUUGUUUGGUCUCCUUGGAGCAUACGCCGCAGGCAGCUGCAGAAAGUUGAAGACAUCUGCAUACAUUUUUGCACUUGUCAUUGCUGUGUUCAUUUACAUUGUGAUUCAUGUGUUGCUGUCAUUCGAUGAGGUGGCUUUAUUGGUCAGUGCAAUGUUGCAUGAUUCUGACAGGAGAUGGUCAACGUUAUGUCUUGACCCAAGUAGAUACGAGAGCUCGAAUCCCUACCAGGAUGCACCUGCCAGUAUGAUGCCCAUGAGGAGAUACUUCCUAUGUUCAAUAAAGCUUAUGGGCAUGGAGGUUGAACUGCAGCCAGGAAACGGUCAUGUGGCUGAAAGAACCAUGAGUCAGAAAGAACCGCAGCAACAAGGAGACCAAACGCCAAGCGGUACUGAUGAGGCAGAGCUUCUGUGGAAGCUGCAGAAGUACUUGAUGAUACUGGCAGGACUUGCCCCACCAGGUGGCCUCUGGCUAGAUAACCAGCAUGGCCAUCUUGCCAGCGAUAUUGUCCUGCAAUCUACUUAUCCAAAGCGGUAUAAGAAAAAAAAGGAAGAACUGGAGCAGAAACGCAGCUUGUUGCUGGUUCUUGCCACAUUGUCAACGACGGUAACAUAUGCAGCAGGGCUAGACCCACCAGGUGGAUUCUGGCCUGACAUCAGUGCUAGUCAUCUAGCUGGUGACCCGGCGCUCAAAGACCACUAUCCCAGUCGCUUCAAGGCCUUCAUGGCGUGCAACGACACAGCUUUUGCCGGAUCCCUUGUCAUUAUCAUCAUGCUUCUCAGCAACACAGCAGUGGAUCACGUUGUCAUGUCGAAUGCACUUCGUCUGUGUGUUCUUGUGAGCCUAUUUGGCCUUAUGGCUGCUUAUGCUGCAGGGAGCUGCAGGGAAGUCCAUACAUCUAUAUAUGUGUUCACCCUUGUCGCUGCUAUCCUACUAUAUCUCGCCAUUCAGUGGAUUGCACCUAUUCUGCCCAGACCAGAGUUUGUCAGCGAGUGCAUAAAAUGGAUAAAAGGAGAAAAGGAUAAGCUGAUUUUGAAGCUAAAAUCGUUCCUUAUGGAGAGUAACAGUACAACCAACGAGCAGGAGAUGCCAUUAGCAUUGGAUCAACAACAUACAUCCAGUCAUGUUUCAACAGACACUGUUAAUGAUACUAAGGAUGGUAUGAGAAAGCUGCGCACAUACCUUUUAUUACUUGCCAUCCUAGCAGCCACCAUUACAUACCAAGCUGGGUUGAAUCCACCUGGUGGGUUUUGGUUAGACAAUGAGGAUGGGCAUCGUGCUGGAAACCCUAUCCUGGAGGCCAUCAGUCCAAAGCGGUACAACACAUUCUUCUAUUGUAAUUCCACCGCAUUUGUGUCUUCUUUGGUCAUCAUCACCCUACUCCAGAGCAACUUGAUCACUGUUGGUGCCUUGAAACGAUAUGUACUGCAGACAGCCAUGAUUUUCGAUCUCUUUGGUAUGAUGGGAGCAUAUGCUGCUGGCAGCAGCCGGACUUCUCCACAUCUUUCUCAGGAAAUAGAUGAUAACCCUGAACUCAAAGAUUUGGAGAAGCGGCGCAAGUUUCUCUUGUUGCUUGCUGUUCUGGCAGCAUCGAGCACAUAUCAGGCUGGCAUAAACCCACCAGGUGGCUUCUGGCCCGACAACAACGAUGAGCACCAAGCAGGUUAUCCAAUGUUCCAUGAUGAGUUCCCAUGCCGUUACAUGGCAUGCUUCUACCUAAACUCCACUGCUUUUAUGUCGUCCUUGGCUGUGAUCAUGUUGCUUGUUAGCAAAAGGUUAUGCCAGAGUGGAAUCAAUGGCUACUUGCUGCGUGGAUGCAUGCUACUUGAUCUGGUCAGUCUCAUGGGUGCUUUUGCGGCUGGAAGCUGCAGGAAAGUAUCAACAUCAGUGUAUGCCAUCCUAGUUGUUGCUGUUGUUUUUGCCUAUGUCAUGGCUCAAGUUCUGGUGCUAACCUUUGCAAAAGAUAAGGUGAAUUACUUCUUUGAGUGGGUGCUCCGUGCCACUCCUUUCAAGAGUCCACAUCCAUCCCAGAAUGGCAAGCGAAGCAUCAUGGCCAGCAGAAAAUCUGAGUAUAAAUGGCGAAAAGAUCUAAUUCUGAUUGGAACCCUCGCAGACGGCCAUUUCACCGGCGACCCAAUCCUCCACGAUACUGAUCCACCAAGAUACAAGGCAUUCUUCUACUGCAACGCCACCGCAUUCAUGGCAUCCGUGGUCAUAGUCAUCCUGCUGCUCAAUAGCACAAGAAGCAAGUACAAGAGGUCUCUCCUUCCCAUGAAAACAGCAAUGGUGCUGGACCUUCUUGCUCUGCUUGGGGCUUAUGCUGCAGGCAGCUGCAGGAAACUAAAGACUUCUAUAUACGUUUUCGCACUCGUCAUUGCUGUUUUUAUGUACAUCGUCAUUCACAUCCUGCUGUCCUUCGAUAAAAUGGCACGGCUGGUGAAGAAGACUGGAGAACACUGGAUUCCAUGUCUGAAGAAGAUGUGGGCACUCAUUGAAACUGAACCUCCGAAUCAUCAGCCAUCUUCGGAGGAACCAUGA